GGCCGGCUGUUGAUAUAGCCGGCGGUUGCUAUGGUAACGGGGCCGGUUCGCUCGGCUGGGCCUGGGAAGAGUCAACAUGGGGAGCUCCCGGGAGCAGAGAUUUCGGACUUGAGCAUGGAGAUGUAUGAAAUCCUUGGAAAAGUGGGAGAGGGAAGUUAUGGUGCAGUAAUGAAAUGUAAACACAAGGAAACAGGACAUACAGUUGCCAUUAAGAUAUUUUAUGAGAAGCCAGAAAAAUCUGUCAACAAAAUUGCAAUGAGAGAGAUAAAGUUCCUAAAGCAAUUUCGCCAUGAAAACUUGGUCAAUCUGAUUGAAGUCUUUAGACAAAAAAAGAAAAUUCAUUUAGUAUUUGAAUUUAUUGACCAUACAAUUUUAGAUGAGCUACAACAUUACUCUCAUGGACUGGAUAGCAGACGACUUAAGAGAUAUCUCUACCAGAUUCUUCGAGCAAUUGACUAUCUUCACAGCAACAAUGUAAUUCACCGUGAUAUCAAACCUGAGAAUAUUUUAGUUUCACAGACUGGAAUUACUAAACUUUGUGAUUUUGGCUUUGCUCGGACCUUAGCAGCCCCUGGAGAUAUUUAUACUGAUUAUGUGGCCACACGAUGGUACAGAGCUCCAGAGCUGGUAUUAAAAGAUACUACAUAUGGGAAGCCUGUAGACAUUUGGGCUUUGGGUUGUAUGAUCAUUGAGAUGGCUACUGGGAACCCCUACCUACCUAGCAGCUCUGAUCUUGACCUACUUCAUAAAAUUGUGACCAAAGUUGGUUCCUUGACACCUCAUCUUCAGAAUAUUUUUAUAAGGAGCCCAGUUUUUUCAGGAAUGGUUCUUCCUGAAGUACAACACCCCAGAAGUGCAAGGAAAAAGUAUCCCAAACUCAAUGCAGUACUUGCAGAUAUGGUUCAUGCUUGUUUACAAAUGGAUCCUGCAGAUAGAAUAUCCUCUGCUGAUUUGUUACAGCAUGAAUAUUUCAUCAGAGAUGGUUUUGUUGAGAAAUUCUUACCAGAACUGAAAAAUAAAUUACUGCAAGAAGCAAAGCUAAGUUUUCUUUCAAAAUUCAGAGACAAUAAUAAGGAGGCCGAACAAAUCAAAGAUGAAAAGAGAACAGUUCAUAUUAAUGUCUCUCAGAAUGGCCCAGUUCUUGUAAAGGACAUUGAAAAAGACAAAAAACCAAAAGAGAUAAAGGUCAAGGGUAUCAAAAUGAAAGGAGGAAAAUCUGAAACCUCAGAGUUUAAAAGAAAUGAACCAGAAGAUGCAGCUUUACAGUGGGCUGCUCUGUCUCAGAACUCUUUAAACCUUGCUCAUGAGAAUAAGCCCACAGGCAGUGAUGGCAAUGCCCCAGCAGCUACAGGCCCUGAUGCGGGUGGGCCAAAAGAAGAUUGUCCACAAACGCCCUCUAUGACAAUGCCACGCAUCCACCAAAACUGUGGAAAUCUCACUGCAAAUUUCAAUCCACACUUCUUGUGUCCUAAUUCAAGAAUCCCUGAAAAAGCAAAGAAAAGACGGAGUCCUUGGCCAGCAGUGGGGCAAGUAAGUCUAAAUAACCGUCAAGAAGAGGGGGCUAUGAUUCAAAACCAAAUAGAGAAGGUGUCCCUGUAUGAAAGAGCUGCUCAGAUUGAUCAAAUGGUUAACAUAAACAGAAAGAAACGCAACAUUUCAAGAUGUGAGAAGAGAGACAUUCACUUCCCAGAACUAACAACAGGGCAGCAGAAGGAAUUGAAAGGAAUGGAAAUUAAACAGGUAAGAGUUCUGAAGAGGGAGUCAAAGAAAUCAGAAGUGUCUAAAAUACCAUCAUUAAUAAAUGUGGAUCAGAACCGUGAAAAACAAGAGAACUCAGGAAAUACAGGAAACAUGCAAAAUGAAUGAAAACAGGUCAAGGGUGCCCGUGUAACAGCAUGCAUCUUGGGAAGUUCUAGAAUGUCUGGACUAAGACAUUUGUUUUUCAGUUAACAUUUCUUCUUUAAAAUUCCAUUGAUAACUCUGCAUACCUUGUGUAGAUCCUCUAAUAAAGUAUUUUGAAAUGUGAUGGUCACAAAACUAUUCAUUUUACAUUCUAUUUUAUAGUAUGGUUAAGGCACGUGCAGAGCAGUUCUGUACUCUUAAUUACUCAAGGUAGGAGAAAGAAAUACAGUUUUUAGACUAUCAGUAUGGCCAAACGUGUACCCAACGUGUGCUUAGCUGGGGAGGUGAAAAACACGCAAAUAGAAAAUACAAAAAGAAGCAGACAUAUCUUGCAGUGUACCUAGAACACAUGGGCAAAGCCCACCCAUGCUAGGAACACCCUCCCACACACAUGCACACUCUCACAGAACUAAUGAAUUCAUGACAUUGGGGAAAUGCCCCAGCAGAAUCCCUACUUCACCACAUACAACAUGGGAAAUGAUGCCAGUGUUCCAGGUUCAUCAGCACAGCCAACAAUGUUCAUAUCAAGAUUAGCUUUGCAUUCUUCCUUCAAGUGGGAAGAGUCCAAAGAAUUCACUAGUGCCAGUAAGGUAACCUGAGAAAACUGUAAUAUCAACUGCAAGGAUUUUAGCUUAUGGAAUAGCUCUAGCUUACGGAAUAACUUUAGCUCUCCUAGAGAAAAUGUUGGCAGGGAGAAAACUAGUGGAACAUUCCUCCAAGCAAUGCAAAUGUAUUGGUUCCUUGAGGGAAAUGUUGGUCCCUGGAGAAGACAACUUUAAUAGUAAGUUCCUCACUUCCCUAGCUUCUAAGGUCUUAUUCUUUAGCCAGUUUUCCAUCACUGAUUAUUCACAGUUGCAAAAUGCAGAUUUUACUUUUUUGGCUUGGCUUUCUGAUGCUUGAUCUGGUUAGUAGAAUACACACCAGCUGCUUCUUUUCUGAAAAACCAAACCAAACCAACCAACCAACCAAAAAAUAGAGCUGCUUUGAAAGGUGCUGUGCAGGCGUACUUCCUGCAUCCUCUUUCUCCCAC